GUUUUUCAAGUGAAUUUGAAACCACAGAAUAAAAAGAGAUAAAAUGAAAAAGAGAAGAAUAAAAGCUGAGGGGUUUUGUAUUCUUGAAUAUGCAAAUGGAGAGUAAGAAGGGGUGCAGGGUUUGUGUCACCGGAGGUGGUGGUUAUAUUGGGUCGGCCUUGGUUCACUCACUUCUACAAAGUGGCUACACUGUCCAUGCUACUCUUAGAAACCUUGGUGAUGAAUCCAAGGUGGGGCUUUUGAGAGGUUUCCCAUACGCUGAAGAGGAGCUUCAUUUGUUUGAAGCUGAUAUGUACAAACCAGAAGAGUUUGAAGAAGCAAUACAAGGUUGUGUCUUUGUUUUCCAUGCUGCAACCCCCUUGUUACACACUACUGGCUACAAGUACAAUGAUACGGUUGAAGCAACAAUUAGUGCAGUGAAGGAGAUUGCAGAUAUUUGCAUACGAUCAAGGACAGUGAAGCGUCUCAUCUACACUGCCUCAGUUGUCGCAGCUUCACCUUUGAAAGAUGAUGGGAGUGGUUAUAAGAUGAGCAUAGAUGAAAGUUGUUGGACACCCCUUCAUCUCAAUAUCCCUUACAGCAAUCACUCAUUAAAAGAGUACACAGAAGCGAAAACAAAAGCCGAGCAAGAGAUGUUGAAAAUCAGGGAAGAGAAAGCAAGUGAACUGGAGGUGGUGACAUUAAGCUGUGGAUUGGUGGGAGGGAGAGGUCAUCUACCAUAUGCUCCAGACAGUUUGUUGGUGUUGAUAUCACAAAUUAUCAAUCAUUCGCCUCAUUACCAGUCACUAAAGUACUUGGAAGAAUUGUUAGGAAAGAUCCCGAUUUUGCAUAUUGAGGACACUUGUCGAGCACAUAUCUUUUGUGCUCAGACUCCAUUGGUUAAUGGAAGAUUCUUAUGUGCUACCUCUUACACAUCAACUGCAGAAAUCGCCAAGUAUUUUCAGGAAAACUACCCACAGCUUCAUUUGAAACACGAGUACUUUGAAGAACAUAAGAGAGAAACCAAAUGGGGCUCCAAGAAGCUUGAAGAUUAUGGUUUUGGUUACAAGCACAAUAUAAAGACGAUCUUGGAUGAUAGUCUCAAAUGUGCAAGUGUCUUGAACACACUCAAGUCAAUGUCAAAUUGAUAUCCAGAAACACUAGUAGUAUUCGAGGACCUAUCAAAAUGCAUAUACAAGACUAGGUUUUGUUACUUUUGAUUAAGUUAAGCCCUCAAAUCACUUUAACACAUUCGAGUCCAUUUCAUUGCAUUGGUUGAAAUGGGUUAACAUUUGGAAAUAUCCAAAAGAAUCUCAUAUAUAUAUAUAUAUCAUCCGUCUAUAAGAAAGAACAUGUUUACAAAUUAACAUUUCCCUUUGACGGCAAAUUCCACCAAACAUCUUGGAUUAAAUCUUCACCAAGUUCCAAACCAUUGUUCGUUACAUAGCAAAUCCAUCCAGGUCAGGUGUCGCCACAAAUCCUAAUGUGGUAUCCGAACUCUUAUCUUAAAUGUUGAAUUAUUGUAACAUCAUUUUAUAGAGAAUAUACUAGAAAACAAAAAUUAUACUUGUUGAUAACAAAUAACUUUAUUUUUAUCAAUAAUCAAAACAAAACGGAC